UCAACGGCAUCCAUCCCACUGAGAAGAGGAUUUCCUCCCCUACUUCCAAAACACUCGUAAAAGAAAACUUACAGAGAGAAAGAGUGAGUCUGUCCGUUUCAUAGGUUACCCCUUUAAGCGGUGCAAAACCAAUUAAACUUCUUUAUUAAUGGCUGAAGUCUGGGUUUAAUAAGGGAUUACGUUUACUUCUGGUUCCACCAUCACCGCAGCUGAAGGACAAAGCAUCCUAAAACUUAUCAAGAGAGUCAGCAAAUCUUCAUCUAAUUCUAUGGGAUCUAGAAAUCGUCACAAUGCAACUUCGAAUGGUUCUCUUUUUUGUAAACACAGGCUAUCUGCAUUCCUUAAUACACCGUGACUGUGGUGGGAUCAUUGAUGUCAGCAAGGAAAACACAGGAGUUUUACAACAUUCAGAUAAUAUGCACGGACUAAGCUGCACGUGGCUAAUUGAGGCACUGUCUACAGAAAUUGUGCACUUAGCCCUUCUCUCUAUUGAUAAUAAAACGUGCAUUAGUGUAUAUUUUGGGAACAGACGAAAAAUAUCAAUUUGUGGCUCAAGGAAGGAAACGUUAUUGUCUGGGAAAGGUAGAGGUGUAAUAACCUGGCAUGCUGCAGCUGGAAGUUCUUUAAACGACACCCAGCUGUCAAUUAAGUAUACAGUCUUGGUAAACUGGUGUGCUAGACUGUCUCCUUGCUUGAAUGGAGGGACUUGCAUACCUGGAGAAUCGUCUGCAGUGUGUGUGUGUCCAAAGACCUGGCAGGGGAAGCACUGUGAAAGAGAAACCCUGAAUCUCCUCGAGGAAAGACUUCCCCACACUGAGUCACACUGGCGAAAAGCUCCUUUGAGUCAGGAGACAAGCUUCCAUGGCAUUCCAGAAAUUUCAAAAAUUCCAAAAACCACACUUAAUCGGAGGAAACUGUGGUUCUCGAGGCCUGGUGUUCUGACAACAUUCAGUGGCAAGGGAACAGCAUGGUAUGGCACAACCGAAGGCCAGCAGAGGGAUGAGAAUAACACAACGAAGGCAUUCCAUAGUAACAGUUCAGUCAGCAGUCAUUGGCCCAGAGACAGCAAAAGCAAUGCUGUCAGAGCUGAUAAGGAAACACUCCCGUCCACUCAGGAAACUUCACAUAAUAAGAAGGACGCUGCUCUAUUAACAAAUCAGGCACUUUCACACAUCAUGAGAUUUACUGCAACUGGUGAUCCAUCAUUAGGCUUGGCUAGUCUGGCUACUGAAGAAAUUCAGAAAACAAAGCCCACAGGUGUGACUGCAAUUCCUGUCUCGUUGAUGAAAACGGAAGAGAGGUCGCAUGCUCCAGAAAAUGGCUCAUCAUCGCUAAGAAAUAUUUUCCAUCUAUACACACUGGUGUCUGCAACAUUCCCAUUUUCUCCAUCCCAGGAAUCCGCUUCACAGACUUUCACUGUCAAACCUUUCCCACUGACCACUAGUUCCCAUGACACUACAGCACCUCCAGAUACCGUACACAAUCCUACAGAGUCGCUGCCACCACGGCAUGAUCAGGAGAUGGAGAGCAAUGACCGAGACUAUAGACGUGGAACCAAAUUGGAAGUAUCGCAUGAAAUGAAAAAAGACACCUUUUCUCUGACUUCGAUUAUUCCUGAAAUUAACAUGCCAACUAAAACAAAGUCAUCACAUACUUCGAAGGAUCUGUUGAUCAGUGGUUUAUCCACUUCAUUCACAGGCUCACCGGCUAUGUUUGGUGGACACAAGACUAGCAGAAACAUCACAGCUUUUUCUAGUACAGCUACUUUGAACUAUAACCUCAUGUCUAUGUUAACUUCUUCAGGGACUGGCCCUACAGAGUUUAAAAAAGAUACCACAGAGACAGGGUUGGUAGCCCUAAGGCAUCCUAACGUCUCUCAUUUACUCACAACCCCAUUGGAAUUCUCUAGUGAAGUCACACUUGACCCUGAAGGAGUCACAAAUUCUCCAUCGCAUCAUCAAAGGAACACUGAGCACUCAUACAACAGGGAUUUAACAGGGGUGACCGGAAACAACAGUUUGAGUUUACAAACUGUCAAUGAACUCUCAGGGACAGCCAAAUAUGCUACUGAAAUUGGCAAAGAGGCCAAAGACUUUUCUCGUGAGGCCAGCGAGAACAGAACACAUCAAAUAACCGCUGACACUCCUACUCCAUUGAUGGAGGAUUUCAGUGUAAGCCGAUUUGAGCAUAAGUUAGUUCUGAUGGUUACUAGAAGCCUUCCUGAAGGAGAAAUGUAUAAUUUUAUGUCUAAUGGGGAAACAGCAUCUGAGAGUGAUGUGGGUGUGUCAAUUUCAACACAAGGGUUCAGUGAAAGGGCUGUCCCAUCUUCCACAAGUGAAGAGGAAGUUUCCACGUUGACUACUUUGAUAGAAAGCAGCAGGACAGCUGGUCUGGAGAAUAGUACUCUUGACACAGAUUUGGUUACACCUCAUACAGGCACGACAGAAACCUGUAGAUGUCAUGCUACAGGGGUUACACCAUCAACCACUACUUCCAGUCCAGAAAUAUUUCCUCAGUCUGAAAGUACAGCAUCUACAUCAGAACCGCCUACACCUGCUGUGCAUUCCUCGCCAAAGCUGUCGAUAGUGGAUCAAUCAAGUACUGCUGAACCCAGUACCCUCUCCAUAACAACACCUGAACAGAUAACAGUGUCUCAAAAUACCAGGCAAUCAGCCUCACCUACGGAAACAUUCGAAGAGAUGUCCGUGAAUAAUGAUGUCAUCUCAUCGGAAGAUGACAUUAAAUCCACAUCAACUUCAGCAACUCCAACUGAAAUAGAACCUACGUCUUCAGAGAGCUUCAAUUCAAGCCCUUUUUCUUUUACAUUGAGUGAUACAGUAACACAUUACACGUCGACAACUGUUGGUUUAGAUCAGUCAGUGGAGUCGCACACAUUAGGCACAAGUUUGCCACAAGAGGAAACUAUUGUGCCGGACAGUGCUUUGUCUUUUUCGACCCCUCUGUUGACUGGUUCUUAUGCUGUUACAGUGACAAGCCUUAAUACAGGUGGGGCAAUGGGACCAACUCUGCAGACAACCACAUCACUGAAUGCAGUGCUUCCACAGACAGUAUCACCUCGAGGGGAGGGCAGUUCAACUACUCCUGUUAGACAAACUGAGAUGGGAACAGAGGUUUUAAGUACAGGGUAUUCCAGCACCACAGUUCCAAGUGGCAAAACCCUUUCAACUGUUUCUCAAAGCACUUUACCCCCUGCCAUGGAUAAUUCAAGUUGGAGUCCGACGAGUUCUACCACGCUUUCCCCUAUUACACAGUCCACUCCUGUUUCUGCAGUAAACUGCACUGCAGGAAGUGGUAAUGUUGCAGAAUCGACAACAGCCCUGACAAAUUUGGAAUCCAUUACAACCGAACAGGUUCCCACCUCGCCAUGGGAGACACAAGCUAAAGGUAAGAAGAAUAGCACUCCAAGCCCAUCUAGGGGCUUGCCAGUGGCUCAAUCAAGUACCUUAACUGCCUCCACUUAUAACAGCACUUUUGCUAGGCACACAGUUUCUGCCACUAUGAAAACAAGACCUACUGCUGAAUCAAACAAAAGUGAAAGCACUCCAAUGCCUUUCACAGGGCGUGUGAACGUGACUUUAACCACUCAGACUUUAACCACGUCUACGAUUCCUACCACCACCCUGCGUGUUCCUGCUUUUGGGAACAGGGUAUUGACGCCUGCAUCUUUUGGACUGAAAACUGCAAGAAGUUCCCCUGCUCCUCCUGUUAUGUUUACCACAUCGAGAUACGAGAAGACUGAGAGGAUUUACAUAGUGGGGGAUCAGCCACCCAUUAUCAAAGAAAAACAGAUCAAAGUUCCUUCCCUUCUUGUGCUAGAAAUGGACUUCAGUAAAGACCAUGCAAAUCCUAAAUCCAAAACCUUUGAAAAUCUCGCUGCGGACUUCCUAGGAAAGGUUGAUCCAUUUUACAAGAAGAUUCCUGGGUAUCAACACAUACAGAUUUCAGGAAUCAGUGGCAGUGUGCUCAUGGAGUAUGACGCUGUGUUCAGUACGGAAUCAGUGCUGGGGUGGCUCGGGGAUCUGGAGGGGCUGCUGAACAAGACAGGUCUGCCUGAGGCCGUCUCCCAGGGAUUCUACGUCAGAGGAGCCAGAGUGCUGCGUGUAUCUGUCCGGAAGCGGCUUGCUGACCUGUGCUCCUCAGUGUUCCGCUGCCAGCCCGGGUUCCACUGUGUCCCUGCCAGACACAGCAAUGCGAGCUGCACCUCUCUGUGCCACAGGGACUACUGUGAAAACGGCGGCAUCUGCACCCACCAGAGAGGACAGCAGCCUGUGUGCCAGUGUCCGGUUGGUGUUGAUUACUGGUUCAUGGGUCUGAGGUGCGACCACAAAAUGAGCCAGCAGAAGCUGAUUGGAAUCGCGUUCGGAGUCCUCCUCGCGGUCGCUGUCAUGAUGGCAACCAUAGCCUUCCUGGUCAUGAGGAGGUUCAAGACUUUACUGAUGCAAGCCAAGGUUGACCAGACGAGAAGCAGUUACCGGAGAUUCAGCCGCUUUGAUGACAUCUCGGAGCAGUGCUGGUCUCAGCCCUGGUUGGACUCCUCUGCUAACUCACUGGACAACCCUGCCUUCACUCACUCUGAUGAGCUCAUUCACCUCCGGAGGCUGGACAGCAGCUUCUCUAGCUGCCUGGAGGAGUCGCUCACCACCAGCAACAGCAGCAAGAGGAACAUGCCCCACAUUAGGAAUGUCUUCAGGCACAGCUCUCAGUAUAACUGGGAUCUCGGUGACCGUAGCAUCAACGAUCACAUGGCAGACUCGGGCAAGGCCAGCGAUCUCUCAGUUUCCAGCUGGCCUAUGGAGCCCAUUCAGUGGACACCCUUCCCCAUUCUGCAGCAGCUUGGGAUUGAGAGCCCGUUUAAGACACGAAGACCCCGCUCUUUCUGUAAAGGAAUGGAGCUGGUUAACCUGGAGAGAACCUGGACUGCUUAA